AUUCACUUGAGCAAGUUGGAUCCAUCAACCGCAAGGUGAACAUCUUCUGGCAAGAUUGACGGAUCUGAAACCUCUGUGUGGACUCAUGACCCCGAAACGGCGCAGAACGGGAUGGUAAGCUCAUCCAACCAUACAAGGUAAAUUUGCCACAAACUCACCCAUUAGUAUCAAUUGUCGUAAUCGGCGUCUUAAAUGUGACGAGGCCAAACCAGUGUGCGGUCGUUGCCGUAACAGAAAUCUAGAAUGCAAUCCUCCGGAUUUUAUCGUCCACGAUAGGCGGUCAACCAGACCAAGAAGCACAAGACAGCAUCAAAGCAAUAUUGAUUCAGAAACACAAAUACCCAUAUUGCCUUCAACCCCGGAAUCUACUUAUGAUGUAUUUCGUCAAAUACAAUUUGCGCAGUUGCCAGAUCCGGAGGCAGUUCUGCCUCAAGUCGAAUCACGACAGCCGGCCAUGACAGAGGAGGUCAUGGAUCUCCUUCUCAAGUACCAGUCUGGUAUCGGUGCGUGGAUGGACGUCCUUGAUCACUCGUCCAACUAUCGGCGGCAAGUCACCCGGCGUGCGGCGUCAUCAGCGCUUCUCAUGUAUUCCAUCUGUGCCUUGUCUGCGAAACAGAUGAGCCUCGUUGCGGAACAUUCUGUUUGGGAGCUAGUUGCCGGCCGCUUUUAUGGACAAAGUUUGAGAUUACUCAUCCAUGAUUUGAAUCAGAUUGACGCCAAAUACGAUGAAGUCUUCGUGGCAACCCUCCUCCUCUGCAGCUACGAAUUGCUAUCGAUCCCAGGCCCAGAUUACAGAAAGCAUCUCGAGGGCGUAAGUUCCCUUCUUUGGUCUCAUUGCUUACCUUCCAUUACUACGGAUCUUGAUAAAGCCAGCUUCUGGAUUUAUGCACGUCAUGAUGUUGCAAUGGCUCUCAUCAACUACUGCCCUACACUAAUUGCAACUAGCGAGUGGCCAGACGCGAUGGCUGGCCCAAAUUCCGAAGAAGAUGCUGUUGGUAACAAAGUCCUUUGGCUUCUCGCCAAGGUCAUUGAGCUCCGUUUUGCGCCGUCCGGUAACAUUACGCCAGGUAAUCGUAACCAAUGUCUGCUAGAGGUCGGGGCAGAAGUAAACAAGUGGUGGGAUGAUCUUCCACUAACAUCCCACGGGUUAUCUUCUGGCGAUGUAUCUGAAGAUGGCCUUUCUCAGCUGUGGUUUUGUGUUCAGUCUGCAGCGGCUGGUCUUCUUUACUUCCAUGUGGCAAAGAUUUUGCUUCUGGAGGAGUCAAUUAAGGGCUCUCAGGAGGCAAAUGCGCUCGAAGAUCGAUAUGAGUACGACAACUAUAAAGAGCAACUACAUCACCAUUCUCGAAGCAUAGCGUCAAUUUGCUUCUCACCAGGAGUGGAAGACGGCGUAUUAGUGGUUGCCGUUAACCCGUUAUACUAUGCGGCAAAAUAUGCUCCAUCAUUAUCUUUAAAAGCAAAGAUUUGGGCUCUUCUCGACAAGAUUGAGAACGAAUUGGGAUUCCACACUAAGACCCGUGUCAUGGAGUUACAGCGGGAGCUUGAAUCACAGCUAUCACAAAACAAUGUAUAAUCCUGGGGUAAAUUUACCUAUACUAGGGAAACUU